UUCUGAAUUCUGAAAGAUGGACGUCGCUGAUAGAACUACUGGAGGUGCUCAUCUUCGUGAUCAGUUGGCCGAACGAUGCCAAAAACUGUUUCAGGAAUUUCUUGAAGAUUUCAAGGUUGAUGGUGAGAACAAGUAUUUGAAUGACAUUCAAGAGCUAAUCCAACCAGAAAGAAAUACUUUGGCUGUUAAUUUUAAUGAUAUUGAAAAUCACAACUCAAAACUAAGUACCAUCAUUCAAGAAGAAUAUUAUAGAGUUUUCCCCUACCUAUGCAAUGCUGUCAGAAAUUUCACCCAUGACAGAUUUUCCAGUGACACAGGAGGACAAAUACCCCCCGGGAAAGAUUUUUAUGUCAGUAUUACAGAUCUACCAGCUAGACACAAAAUUCGAGAGCUGACUUCACAAAAGAUUGGAACAUUACUCCGUAUCACAGGUCAAGUUGUGAGGACACACCCGGUGCAUCCAGAGCUUGUUAGCGGGACAUUUAUAUGUCUUGACUGUCAGACUGUCGUCAAAGAUGUUGAACAACAGUUCAAAUACACACAGCCAACAGUAUGCAGAAAUCCUGUUUGUCAAAACAGACUGCGAUUCAUGUUAGAUGUGAAUAAGUCAAAGUUUGUAGAUUUCCAGAAGGUCAGAAUACAGGAGACACAGGCAGAAUUGCCACGUGGUAGUAUACCAAGAAGCUUGGAAGUUGUUUUGAGAGCAGAAACAGUUGAGCAGGCGCAAGCUGGUGAUAAAUGUGAUUUCAUUGGCACUUUGGUAGUUGUCCCGGAUGUGUCAAAAUUGCAAAUGCCUGGUGCACGUGCUGAAACAUCACAACGACAAACUGGAGAAGGCUAUAACACGGAUGGAGUGAGGGGCCUCAAAGCGCUUGGAGUACGAGAUCUCUCGUACAGAUUAGCAUUUCUGGCGUGUAGUGUUGAAUCGACUAACCCAAGGUUUGGUGGUAAAGAUCUUGAUGGCGAUAUGACGGCAGAGAUGAUUAGGAAACAAAUGACAGACCAUGAAUGGGAGACGAUUUUUAAAAUGACGAAAGAUAAAAACCUCUAUCAAAACUUGAUAACCAGCAUAUUUCCUACUAUUCACGGUAACGAUGAAGUUAAACGCGGUAUAUUAUUAAUGUUAUUUGGUGGUGUGCCUAAAGUUACUCGUGAAAGAACGACUCUUCGUGGAGACAUUAAUGUGUGCGUGGUCGGUGAUCCCAGUACCGCGAAAAGUCAAUUUCUGAAGCAAGUUGAAGAGUUCAGUCCUCGUGCGGUGUAUACAUCAGGCAAAGCUUCGAGUGCUGCUGGUUUGACCGCAGCUGUUGUUAAAGAUGAAGAGUCGCACGAAUUUGUCAUUGAAGCCGGAGCUCUCAUGUUGGCUGAUAAUGGGGUCUGUUGCAUUGACGAAUUUGAUAAAAUGGAUAUUAGAGAUCAGGUUGCUAUUCAUGAAGCUAUGGAACAGCAGACUAUUUCCAUAACAAAAGCAGGGGUCAAGGCAACUCUCAAUGCUAGAACGUCAAUUUUAGCCGCUGCAAAUCCCAUUGGCGGGCGUUAUGAUAGAACAAAAUCUCUAAAGCACAAUUUGAAUUUAUCGGCCCCGAUCAUGUCUCGUUUUGAUCUGUUCUUUAUUCUUGUUGAUGACUGUAAUGAGGUAACGGAUUAUGCUAUAGCCAGACGUAUUGUUGAUUUACACAGUCAUCUGGAGGAAUCAGUUGAGAGAGUUUAUAGUGUGGAUGAUGUUCAGCGAUAUAUGCUGUUUGCAAGGCAAUUCAAGCCACAAAUAAGUAAAGAGGCUCAAGAGUUCUUUGUAGAACAAUAUAAAAACCUACGUCAGAGAGAUUCUUCAGGUGUAGCUAAGACGUCGUGGAGAAUCACUGUUCGUCAACUGGAAAGCAUGAUUAGACUAUCUGAAGCCAUGGCAAGGAUGUAUUGUCAAGAUACCGUUCAACCAAAGCACGUAAAAGAGGCGUUCAGACUGUUAAACAAGUCAAUAAUUCGAGUGGAAACACCAGAUAUACAAUUUGAAGAUGAAGAAGAUGAGCCGGAAGCAAUGGAUGAAGAUGAUAAUGAUGAGACUCCCGCUGAGAAUGGUAUGGUUAAUGGUCAUGGUGAAGACCAAGCAGCAAAAGCAAAAGUUCGUGUGUCGUUUGAAGUUUAUAAACACAUGGCAAAUCUUAUGGUUCUACAUAUCAGAAGUGAAGAGGACAAAAGAGAAGACGAUGAUGGUUUACGUCGAAGUGAUGUCGUCAAUUGGUAUUUAAAGCAAGUCGAAGAUGAAAUUGAAACUGAAGAAGAAUUAACACAAAAGAAACUUUUGGUUGAUAAAGUGCUCGAUAGGCUUAUUGGUCACGAUCAUGUUAUCUUAGCUUUGAGGCAACAAGAAACAGAAGACACUGAGUCGGAGGAAAACGAUCCGUUUCUGGUUGUCCAUCCAAACUAUGUGGUUGAGUGAACGAGAACGACUAGAUAGGUGCCAUAUAGUUCUUGCAUGAUAUUAAUGCACUUGCUCUAUACUUUUGUAUAUAUAUGUUAUUGUCAUUCGAGGGACAGUCUAACUUUCUAACAUAGUUAUCCAAGAUCUAGAAGUAAUUUCAUGGUUCAAUAAGUCUAGACCAAAUUUCGUCUGAACUAAAAGUUCCCACUGUUUUCUACGCGAAUUCAACUCGGCUGGGUUUGAGGGUGAAAAUGACCUACGAUUGCUUCGUGCCAUAUGCUUCGUGUAUAUGUUCCUUUGGCGUACUACGCUGAUAAAAGAUAAAUUAAAGCAAGAAGUGCAGUCAUUCACAAAUUGAAACUUAAUAGUAGCUAUUGGCUGUCUUGGCAACCCACGGGCAACCAUAUAUUUGCCUACAGCCUGACCACCGUGCAAGUAGACGUUUUACAUAGUCUAUUCUGAAACCUGCGACACAUUAGAGCCUCCUUAACUAUAUGACUGAGGGGGGGGGCAGCUCCCCCCCACUUUCACCAGUAUAGGAAAAUGAUGGAAUACUCUUCCAACCUAAUUUCGUGAAGUGUUCUCAACAGAAUGACAAAACUUUCUUAGAAAAACCGUUAUGAAAUUUUCCGAUUUCCUGUUGGAAAUUGUUUCUAGAUCGAUAAUUUUAUCGCGAUCUGAAUCUUCUGGUUCACUACAAGUGCCCAGAUCGAGGCUACUUUAACACAAAGACAAAGAAUCAUGCGACUUAGUGCAUUACAUACACCGUGAUCACAAUAGAAUUAUGAUUAGUUGGAGUGACUGAUAAAGUAGAUAAAGCUUAAAAAAACCGCGGUGAAAAAAUUCCGUGCAAGGCUGCAACAAACCCCGAUGAACGUUUCAAUCGCAGCUUUGUGUUGCUUUGUGUUAUGGAUUCGAGAUUUUAGUACUUUGGCUUUUAAGGUCUUUCCUAUAAGGGUUGCUGAAUAUUGUGGCGAAUAUUUUCCGUUUAAGGCCUGACUCCUCGCCUAAUCUUGAUCUCCAUAACAAAAGUGAAUGCCCGCUUCAGUUAUUUUUGCCCUCUGACUAAAUUUUAAUUUCAUAUUGUCACAUCAUUUAUGUAACCAUACCAACCCUCUUUUGGGCAAAGAGUUAUCGAGAUAUUGAAUACUAAAGACAAACAUUGUGUUAGCCACCUGUUUGAACUGCGUGUCUCCGGUAUGUCAUUUGAUCCAGCGAGAUUUCUGAAAGUAAUUUAAUCACGGUUUAUUAUUUAUUUUUCUCGCCAAUAUCUCGACAAGUUGCUAAAGAAGGAGCCUGUCACACCUGUUCAUUGUAAAGUUUACAAUAGACUCCUUGUUGUGCCUGCAGGUACCUGCUGCCGUUCCAUGCUACAUGAUCUCUUGCGAUCUUCAAGAGAUAGCCACAUUGAGGAAUGUUGUAAAACCUGUUACAUCCACUUAGCAGUUUGGAGUGUUAGAGCUGAGAGCGGGUAGGAGAGCUUCUGUAUAUCUACAACAAGAAUGCCGAAAUCUUUCCUAGUGAAGAAGACAAUAAAGUCAAAGGUCUAUUCUUCAGAUAGCGAAGAUGAAAAUGUCUACAUAAGCGAGAAAA